AUGGCAUCGUCUCGUAUUCAGGCUACUGCGCGUCAGUUAUCAAACACAUUUAAGAAGAAAAGUAGAUUUGAUAUUGGUAUCGCAUCUGAGUUACCGCAAGCAUAUAAGAAGUUUUGGCGUGAAUGGAAAGUCUUGAAGCCUGCUGCAGUGCAUUUUGUCCCUCAGGAAAGCAAGUGGAAACGCGAUGAUUUGACGGGCGAAACUUUACCUGUGCAGAAUAUUCCUAUACCUUUAAAACAUCCCGUUGAAAUUAACGAGGGUAUUUGGGGAGGUGAAGCUGUGAUUAAAGGUUUUCAAAAGCGUGAUCCAAGAAGGCGUAGAGUACCCCACUAUUGGGUACCAGUGCUGAAGAGAACUGUAGUUCGUUCAGAAGUUCUAAAUACUCAUCUUUCUGUGACAGUAACGGAUAGAACUAUUAACCUAAUUAAUGAUCAUUAUGGAUUUGAUCAUUAUUUGCUCAAGACUCCUGCCUGUGAUCUUGUAUCAAUGCUUGCAUUGAAGCUUAAAAAGCAAAUCCUAAUAGAAUUAAUGAAUGGAUGUCCAAGACAUGCCCAUGAUCCUCAGAAACAACAGGAAAUUUAUAACGAAUACAAGACAUAUUUAUCUUCAUACACACCUGAAGAAAUAGAAUGGUACGGAUUAACUUGGUAUGAAGCAUUAACAAAGGUGGCAAAACAAAAAGAAGCUCAAAACAAGCCUGUUCCCUUAAAGAAUAUAUAUCGGAAGAAGCUGGUGGAGAAAUUAAAAGCAGCCGAGUUGGAAGAAAAGAAAGAUGCUACUGAUGAAAUGUCGACAACAACAUCUUGGCUAUCAAAAAUGAAUCCUUUCGGCAAAAAGGAUGAAGCU